CGAACAAAGCCGUCAGAUGCGAGCAGGACGCGGCUGCGCAUGUUCCUACCGGGGUUUACGUUAUUUUCGAACCGUGUUUUACCGCUAAAAUGACAAAUUCCGCAAAGUUUUCCACGUAACAACAGUUCAAAAACAAAAUGAAGUGUCAGUUCUUACAUUUAGUCCCGUGAGUGUUGAUUUAUUUAGUGUUUAAACGACAGCAGAAGUAAAACAAAUGUGUGUGAUCCAUGUGUGAAUGUUGUGCUACAAAAUGUGGUCGAGAAACUUUAUACCGGAUUAUGGGAUUAGACUGCUGGCCACAGCUGUUCUGCUGUCGACGGUAGCGGCCAGGAUCCAAGGAGUGGAAGGUUUUGUGUCCUGUUCUCCCUCUCCGUGCAAAAAUGGCGGGAUCUGUCUCUCGUCACCUCGGGGAGAAUACUUCUGCAACUGCACAUCGCGAUACGCCGGCGAGUUCUGUCAGCACCUCAAUCCUUGCCACAGCGAGUCCAGUCCCCGAUGCCAGAAUGGCGGCACCUGCCGCGUCAGGCCCGGGAUCGGAGGAGGCCCACCUUCUUUCGCCUGCGACUGUCCUCUCGGCUUCAGCGCUUCACUUUGUGAAAUAAGAGUCCCGGCUGCGUGUGAUUCAGCACCAUGUCUGAAUGGAGCGACGUGUCGACUGACGUCGUUAGACACGUACGAGUGUGACUGCCCUCCUGGUUAUACAGGUGCCGAAUGUUCACACGAAGACCACUGCGCGUCCCAACCAUGCAGAAAUGGCGGUCGUUGUGUGGCGGACAACACCACUGCCGCUGGCUACUCCUGUGUCUGCCCCCCUGGCUUCACCGGUAAUAGGUGUACUGAAGAUGUCGUCGAGUGCUCCACAGGACCCGGCCCUUGCCACCAUGGGCGAUGCUUCAACACCCACGGCUCGUACACUUGCGUCUGCGAACCUGGUUACACUGGCAGGGAUUGUGACGCUGAAUACGUACCCUGUGAACCGUCACCGUGUCUCCAUGAUGGAAAGUGUACGCCGCUCGAUCAGCUGAGAUAUAAAUGCGAUUGUCCUACCGGAUACCGAGGCCAGAACUGCGAGAUUGACAUCGACGACUGUCCGGGACACCUGUGUCAGAACGGCGCGACGUGUGUCGACGGUCUCAACACGUACACGUGCGAGUGUCCGCCGACAUUCACUGGGACGCUCUGUGAAAAUGACGUCGAUGAGUGCGCUUUGAGACCCUUGGUUUGUCAGAACGGUGCCACUUGCACCAAUACCGUUGGUGGAUUUUCCUGCAUCUGCGUAAACGGUUGGACCGGGCCUGAGUGCUCCGUCAACAUCGAUGACUGCGCCGGCGCAGCUUGCUUCAACGGCGCCACCUGCAUCGACAGAGUCGGGGCUUUCUACUGCAAGUGCACUCCUGGGAAAACUGGUCUUCUCUGCCAUUUGGAUGAUGCUUGCACGUCAAAUCCUUGCCAUGCUGAUGCCAUCUGUGACACAAGCCCCAUUAACGGAUCCUAUACUUGCUCCUGCGCAUCAGGAUACAAAGGCUUGGACUGCUCUGAGGACAUCGACGAGUGUGAGCAAGGUUCUCCUUGCGAACACGACGGCAUUUGCGUCAAUACGCCAGGUUCCUUCGCCUGCAACUGCUCUGUGGGCUUCACUGGCCCGAGGUGUGAGACCAACGUCAACGAGUGUGAGAGCCAUCCUUGCAGAAAUGAUGGGUCUUGUCUUGACGAUCCUGGCACCUUCCGCUGUGUCUGUAUGCCUGGUUUCACGGGAAUCCAAUGCGAAGUGGAGAUCGACGAAUGUGCCAACAACCCAUGCCUCAACGGAGGUGUCUGCCAUGACAUGAUCAACGCGUUUAGGUGCACCUGUGUCAUCGGCUUCACUGGCACCCGCUGUCAAGUGAACAUCGACGACUGCGCCUCAAGCCCGUGCAGAAAUGGUGGGACCUGCCACGACUCCAUCGCUGGCUACACGUGCGAAUGCCCUCCUGGUUAUACCGGUUUGUCAUGCGAAACCAACAUAAACGACUGCCUGUCUGCGCCGUGUCACCGCGGCGAGUGUAUCGAUGGUGAUAACAGCUUUACCUGUAACUGUCAUCCUGGGUACACGGGCAGGGUCUGCCAGACGCAGAUCAACGAGUGCGAGUCGAACCCCUGUCAGUUUGGAGGCCAUUGCGAAGACCUGAUCGAUGGCUAUCAAUGUCGUUGCAAACCGGGCACGUCGGGUCGCAACUGUGAGAUCAACGUCAAUGAGUGUUACUCCAAUCCCUGCAGAAAUGGCGCCACUUGCAUCGAUGGCAUCAAUAGCAAUUAUUUCCAGUAUACCUGUGAAUGUAUUCCUGGCUUCACUGGACAACACUGUGAGACCAACAUCAACGAAUGCAUACCAAAUCCUUGUGCCAAUGGUGGAAUCUGCAUCGACAGGAUCAACGGAUUUAGAUGUGAAUGCCCUAGAGGAUAUUAUGAUGCCAGAUGUUUAUCUGAUGUCAACGAAUGUGCUUCAAACCCUUGUGUCAACGGAGGCAGCUGUGAAGAUGGGGUGAACCAGUUCAUCUGUCAUUGUUUACCUGGCUAUGGAGGUCAACGUUGUGAAAGGGAUAUCGAUGAAUGCAGCUCAAACCCUUGCCAACACGGCGGCACCUGCCACGAUAGACUGAAUGCUUAUAAAUGCGACUGUGUUCUUGGAUUCAAUGGCGUGAACUGCGAGACGAACAUCGACGACUGUGCAGGACGACCCUGCCUGCACGGCGGGUCGUGCAUCGACCAGGUCAAUGGCUACCGCUGCGUGUGUACUCCGCCGCACUCCGGACGUAACUGCGAGAAUACGCUGGACCCUUGCAUGCCUAAUCAAUGUCGCCACGGUGGCCGAUGCAAAGCCGAAGCGUCGUACGCGGAGUUCACCUGCCAAUGUCCGGUCGGUUGGACUGGAGCGUUGUGUGAGAGAGACGUCGACGAAUGCUUCGUGACAACUCCUUGUCACAACGAAGCCACGUGCAUCAACACCGAUGGGUCAUACGCUUGUAUCUGUGCGAAGGGAUACGAAGGGAAGGACUGUGCGAUCAAUACUGAUGAUUGUGCUUCGUUCCCCUGUCAAAACGGAGCGACAUGUCUGGAUAGCAUUGGUGACUACAACUGUAUGUGCGCGAGCGGAUUCGCGGGCAAACAUUGUGAGAUAGACAUCGACGAAUGCGAGUCUCAACCUUGUAUGAACGGAGCGACUUGCAAUCAGUACGUGGCAUCCUACACUUGCACGUGUCCGUUGGGUUUCUCCGGGAUCAACUGUCAGACCAACGACGAGGACUGCACUGACUCCAGCUGCAUGAACGGAGGGACUUGCAUCGACGGCAUCAACUCUUACAACUGUUCGUGUCCUCCAGGCUACACCGGCUCCAACUGCCAGUUCCGCAUCAACAUGUGCGACAGUUCUCCCUGCGACAACGGCGCCACAUGCCACGACCACGUCACGCACUACACAUGCCACUGUCCUUACGGGUAUACUGGAAAACACUGCGAUGCUUUUGUUGAUUGGUGCGAAGGCAAUCCCUGCGAGAACGGAGCCACAUGUUCUCAGAAAGGGCCGCAGUACACUUGCACCUGCGCGCCCGGUUGGUCCGGGAAGCUGUGUGACGUCGAGAUGGUAUCGUGCAAGGACGCCUCUAUCAGGAAGGGUGUCAAACUAAAACAUCUCUGCAACAACGGCACAUGUGAAGACAUUGGGAACUCUCACCGCUGCCACUGUCUCGACGGCUAUACCGGCUCCUACUGCCAGAAGGAAAUCAACGAAUGCGACUCGGCUCCAUGCCAAAACGGAGCCAUUUGCAAAGACUUAGUUGGAACUUAUCAAUGCCAAUGCGCAAAAGGGUUCCAAGGACAGAACUGUGAACUCAACGUCAACGAUUGCUUGCCUAACCCUUGCCAAAACGGCGGCACCUGCCACGAUCUCAUUAACAACUUCUCUUGUUCUUGUCCUUUUGGCACUUUAGGCAAAAUAUGCGAGAUAAAUGUCAACGACUGCAAGCAAGACGCCUGCCAUAACAACGGCACAUGUAUCGAUAAAGUAGGUGGUUUCGAAUGCAAAUGUCCACCCGGAUUUGUCGGACCCAGAUGUGAGGGCGAUAUCAACGAAUGCCUAUCAAACCCCUGCUCUACUCCUGGUACUCAAGAUUGCGUGCAAUUAGUCAAUGACUAUCACUGUAAUUGUAAACCUGGUUAUAUGGGAAGACAUUGUGACGCGAAAGUCAAUUUCUGUGCAAAUUCGCCAUGUCAAAACGGUGGUAUGUGCACUGCAAUACAAGGCGGCCACGAAUGUCUUUGCAAUGAGGGCUUUUACGGCAAGAAUUGCGAAUAUUCAGGUUACGCGUGCGAUUCUAACCCCUGUCAAAACGGAGGGUAUUGUCGUACUUCUGAAAUAGGAGAUUACAUCUGCGAUUGUCCUAUCGGAUUAUCUGGCGUCAAUUGCGAAAGAGAUUCUCUGAACGAAUGCUUAAGUAAUCCAUGCAAGCACCCUGAAUCACGUUGCUUCGACAAACCUGGUGAUUAUCUGUGCUACUGUCCAAGGCAAUGGACUGGAAAGAAUUGUGAUAUUCACGAUCCUCAUGCUAGGGGUGGAUACGGAGGUCAGUUGCCUAAUGUUUACAACAAGAGCCCUACAAUAAGUAUAGAAGAACUUGACUUAGCAUAUCAGAAGGAACAAUGUGUUAAACUUGGUUGCAAAGAAAAACAAGGAGAUUACCACUGUGAUGAAGAAUGUAACACUUAUGCAUGUGGGUUUGAUGGAAUGGAUUGCUCUUUGGGCAUCAACCCUUGGGCAAACUGUACAGCACCAAUCAAAUGUUGGGAAGUCUUUAUGAAUGGGGAAUGUAAUGAAGUUUGUAACACACAGGCCUGCUUGUUUGAUGGAAGAGAUUGCCAGAAAUCAUUGCAAAGAUGCAAUCCAAUUUAUGACGCAUACUGUCAGAAGCAUUAUGCUAAUGGCCACUGUGACUACGGAUGUAACAACGCUGAAUGUAACUGGGAUGGACUCGAUUGUGAAAACGAACCUCCUGAACUGGCUGAAGGCGUAAUGUCAGUGAUACUAUUGAUGGACAUGCAAACCUUCAAAGAAAACUCCGUGGCAUUUUUACGAGAUCUUGGCCACCAGUUGAGAACAACAGUACUGAUAAAGAAAGAUCACCUAGGAAAUGAUAUGGUGUUCCCAUGGAAAGGCAAUUCUGAUGCGGGUCUUCAAGAUACAGAAGUUGGCAAGAAACAUCAUAUAUUUAAGACUGAAAGGGUCCAACCUGGAGUCCUUGUAUAUUUAGAAAUUGAUAAUAGGAAAUGUUCAACAGAGCCUGGUUCGGAAUGUUUCUUCUCAGCCCGCGAAGCUGCUGAAUUUUUAGCCGCUACGGCUUCUAAGCAUUCCAUCAUGUCUGAUUUCCCAAUCUUCCAAGUGAAAGGUGUAACUACACCUACUGGAACAGACGACAUCCAGACGAAUUCAAAAUACGUUUUCAUCGGAGUGAUUCUGGUGCUUCUAGCUGGUUUACUGAUCGGUGUAUUAGUGACAGCUCAAAGAAAGCGCGCUGCUGGCAUAACAUGGUUCCCAGAAGGUUUCAUAAGGAAUAACUCUUCAACAAGACGAAGAUCGCGUCGACGGGGCCCUGAUGGGCAAGAGAUGAGGAAUUUGAACAAAGGCUCUAUGGGCUGUAUCGAUGUGGACAUCAAUGGAGGUCAUAUGGGUCCUCCGCAUUGGUCUGACGAGGACGAUGAUGGAUCAGCUCCACCGAGGGCGAAACGAGCGAGAGGUCCAGGUGAUGCGAAUGGAGGUCCAGGUGGAUAUGCCUCAGACCAUACGGCGAUCACGGACUAUGAAGAAGCGGGCCACGAGCCGAGAGUAUGGACGCAACAACACCUCGAUGCGGCUGAUAUUAGAGUACCACCCAGUAUGAUGACGCCACCAGCUAUUCACGACGGGCACGUAGAUGUCGACGCCCGAGGUCCUCUCGGCAUGACGCCUCUCAUGGUUGCAGCGGUCCGCGGCGGAGGUCUCGACACGGGAUCCGAUGCGGAAGACGAACAGACAGCACACAUCAUAUCCGAACUGGUCGCUCAGGGCGCUCAGCUCAAUGCCGCUAUGGAUAAAACUGGAGAGACUAGCUUGCAUCUUGCUGCGAGAUACGCACGCGCAGACGCAGCCAAACGUCUCCUCGACGCCGGCGCGGACGCGAACUCGCAAGACAACACGGGCCGGACGCCGCUGCACGCGGCCGUUGCUGCUGAUGCCAUGGGCGUCUUCCAAAUACUGCUGAGGAAUAGGGCGACGAACCUUAAUGCUAGGAUGCAUGAUGGCACAACGCCACUUAUAUUAGCUGCUAGGCUCGCAAUAGAAGGAAUGGUAGAAGAUCUCAUAAAUGCUGACGCGGAUAUAAACGCUGCAGACAACAGCGGCAAAACCGCGCUUCAUUGGGCGGCAGCUGUUAACAAUGUCGACGCUGUCAAUGUGUUACUGAUGCAUGGAGCUAAUAGAGACGCGCAGGACGAUAAGGAUGAAACUCCCCUAUUCCUUGGGGCACGAGAGGGUUCGUACGGCGCAUGUCGAGCGCUCCUCGACGCGAUGGCCAACAGGGAGAUCACGGACCACAUGGACCGGCUGCCCAGGGACGUGGCUCAGGAGCGAAUGCACGACGAUAUAGUGAGGCUGCUGGACGAACACUGUCCGAGGCCGCCGCCACAGCAUCACCAUCUUAUGGCGUCCCCAAACCCCCACCCUCAGCUGAUAAGUCAGCCCACGGUGAUCAGUUCGUCGGUGAAGGCCAAACCCAAGAAGGCGCGCGGCAAGGCCGGCCCCGACAGCCCCCAAGACCACUUCGACAACAAUAACUUGCAGCACACGCAAAUAAGACGCAGAAAACCAAGUGUAAAAAAGAACAACAAAAAGGUGGCGCAAGAGGUGCCACAGAGCGUUGAGAGUUUGGGCUCCAGUUUGAGCCCGGUGGAAUCACCGCUCCAAAAUUUACAGGAUAUGCCGUCGCCUUACGACACGACGUCGCUCUACUCGAACGCGAUGGCGCAGUUCGCGGGCAUCGAGCACCUCAUGCCGCACAAGCAGCCGCCCAGCUAUGAGGACUGCGUCAAGACGGGUCAGACGAUGCAAUCGUUCGGCGGCGGCGCGCUGGGGGCGUCGUUGUCGCCGCCCUACUCCAACCACUCGCCCACACAUAGCAACCACACAACGUCACCACACGCAUACAUUGGUUCACCAUCGCCGGGCAAGUCUCGGCCGUCGCUGCCGACGUCGCCGGCGCACAUGGCGGCGUUGCGACACUCGCACCAGCAUCAGCUUGACGCUGCGGCAUACUCUGCGCUUGCGCACCUCAAUGCCAACGGGCAGCACAAUGCUCAGCUGCAGGCUAUGAUGCACGCGGCAGCGCUCGGACAAGUGCAAGGACAGCAUCCUGCGUUAAAUAGUAUAAGUCUUUACGGCGGCUGGGGUAUUGGAGACACGUUCCCGACGCCCUCUCCCGAAUCCCCGGAUCACUGGUCGUCCCCCUCCCCUCAAACGCCGCUCACGCAAUCCCCUCACUCUGAUUGGUCAGAUCGCGCGGCUCUAUCUCCAAAUGACAUCCAACAGACCAACAAGGGAGCGACCGAGGCCAUUUAUAUUUAAUUUAAAAAUCGAACGUAGAUAAUGUUAAUGGAUAAAUUUAAAAAUGAAUUGUUAAGUGGACAGUAUUGUAAAAAGAACUCUUGUAAAUGUUUUGGUAGGUGGUGUGCAGCCAUGUGAUUCGCAAUUUAAUGAAUUGUAAGGUAUUUUAUAAUACCAUUUUUUUAUUAAGACAAAAUCUGAUUCGAUAAAGAUGUAAGCAAGCAUACAUUUUUGUAAAACUAUGUAAACUAGAAAGAGAUCAUUAAGUAUAAUGAAAAUUAUAUUUAAGUACUUAGAAUGCUAAAAUCGUCAGACAAAAAUAAAUCUUUGAGAGAGAUAACAGCUCGAAUGCCUAGAAAUCUCAAGGUGCUAAGGUGCCGUAGAUAUAGACUGAAUGUACAGCCAUGACUAGAGUAGCGUAGAUUAACGCACUAAGCACUAAUCCACAAUCUCGACAUGAUAAAAGACUUCUUCGGUGUAUUUUAAAAAUAAAAUUUUGAUACUGGCAGCCAAUAAUAUUUUUAUUCUCUAUUUUACUCAUUUUUAGAACAACCAUUUUCAAACAUAUCUUUUUAUUAACGUUCCAUUCCAUCAAAUACGCCGACUUUAAUAUCUAAUGACAUAAUGAUACAUAAUUGUUGUUUGUUAAAUGUUUUUUUUUAUUUACUUGUUUUUAACUCAGUGUUUUGAAUCAUUAAUUUUAAAUGGAAAUGUUUUGCGUAAUCGUGAAGGGAAAUAAUUUAUGUGUGAUUCUUUACGCCUAGAUUUUUUAUGUAUACUAUAGUGUAUCACGAUUUUGUUCUGUAUCUAUGACGAAGAUUAAUAAUGUUAAAUCGUGACAAUUGUCUUUAAAAAAAAAAAAAGAUAUUUUACAAGCAUUAUCAUGACAUUUUUUUAAAUCUCGAAAUUUGUAAGAGUUUUUAAUUUUUAGACGUUUAAAUGACCUUAUAAAUAUUAUCAUAUCAGUCUUAUGUCAUAGAUACAAAUUAGGCUAAGUCUAAUCUAAGAUUGAUGCCUAUUUUGCCGCAAUCAACCUUAUUUGUUCCUUCAGGUGAUUAAAAUAUAAUGUAAAAGGUUUUAUAUUGUGUUAUAGGCACCAAUCUCAGCUUUUUAUUAUAAGACAGAAGUUUUCCUUAUCCCGAUCAUUCCAUAAAUCGCUUCCAAUCGUUGGUUUGCUUUUAUCUCUAAACUUGAUGGUUUUCAUAGUUUUAGGUUAUAUUGUAGCGAAAUUGCUUUGCCUGUAAAUGGUUAGUUUCCAGUACGAAUCGUACAUAAGAUCUCAUCAUUCCAUGUCGUCGCUUUAAUGAAAAAUCUCUUAGGUUACACAAACUUCGUGGUCUGGCCCUUAAAGUAAAUGUUUAUUUUGAAUUCGUAAAACGGGUUUUCAGUAUUUUUUUUUUGCUUAAUUUAUUACAGUCAUUAAAAAUAUUUAAAAAUAAAAGUUUGACACCAUAGCUUUUUGACAUCAACUAGAACCAAGCAACCAAAACGUUUAUAUAAUUAAUUAUCAAUAAAAUUUUUUGGACAAUCAAAAUAUUUUGUAAAGCCAUCAAAAAUUCCGAAUAAGAAACUGUAUGAAAUAAAUAAGAAAACAAAUAUUAAAUAAAAACUAAUUAAAUGCCUGCGCUAAUAAAUACGUUAUAUGAAAAACUAUCAAAAUAAGAACAAUGAAAGAUAAUUCCAAAUUUAAAAACGCCAAGUGGCCAGCGCUAAAUUUGUGUAUACCAAGUAGAUUAUUAUACUCCAUCGUCGUUGGGACCACAUAUGCUCAAUUGUUUUGAACUCCACAACUUGUAUGAUAUAAUGUUUAAUACUAUAUAAGUUUAUAAAACUUCUGCCGUUAUCGUGUGAAUUGCGAUUAUAAUAUUGUAAAUAUUAUUAAUUACUAUUAUUUAAUACGAGAACGAUCUUUUUAGUGUAUUUUUAGAUUCAUUUUUGGUGUCAUCGUCAAGUGCCAAGGAGCAGUUUAAAAUGUACCCUUUUGUGGAAUAUUUACAAUUAUUAUUGUAAUGCUAGUGGCUAGUAUAAAAAAUAGGGUACAAUAAGAAACUCGUGCUUCCUUUAAUGCAUUCUCUAUAAAUAAUUUAAGUAAAUGUAUUCGAUAAUUGCCGUUUCUAUCGAACGAAGUACAAACUUGAUGUAAAUAGGUUUGCUUCAGUUAAACGUGCGAAUGAAAAAUUCAUAAAAAACGAAAGAAUAAACGGAAAAUGUUUUUAGAGACAUGAUUUUUAGUUGCACCGUCAAAUUUAAUGAUAGAUUUCAACGGGCGCUCCGCUGACAAGAUGGAGUAGGUACUCUGUGUUUUUCUGUGUACGUUAAAGUUAACAGUGCAACCCACCCUUAAUAUCGAAAUAUACCUGUACGUAUUCGUAACCAUAUUUUGUAAAAAAAACGCAUUUUUUCGUGGAAAACCCUAUAUCUUUAUACAAUUUCAAAAAGCACGUUUAUUCUGAGGCGAAAAUUUGUAAUUCUGUGAAAGUUUAUGUAAAAAAGGGCACAAGAUAUAAUUAACAGAUGAAUUAGAAAUCUCUGCGUGCCUUUCAAGUUAGAACUAAGUUAGGGACAUUUGUAAUUUAAUCAAUGGAAUGUGUAGCUUACGAACAACUCUAGUUUUACGAUUGUAAAUACAUUUUAUCAUUAUUUUUAUCAAAUGCAUUUCUUUGUAAGAUUCUAAAUUGUGAAGGGGAAAUAAAUUUUAAAUAUUUUCCUCGUAACUGACAAUAAAGGAGUAGUAAAAAAUAA